CAAGUGGUUCAGGUGGAAAUGUUGAGGAGGUGGUUUUGUUAAACGUCCUUACGAGGCUGCGCUGUGUACAAGGCGCUAUAUAAAGAUAGCUGGAGCGCUAAAACGAGGAGCAGAUGCGUAAAGAGAAGUUUUAAGGAGCUUUUCACUUUGCGUUUCCUUCGCUGUUUUCAUUUUUCUUCUUCUGCCGCCCAGGGUGGUCCCAGCGGUCCCGUUUUCCCGUGUGCUGCGGCCACAUCGAACCCCGGCGUGUGGAUUGCGCCAAUACACAAAUCCACGGCUCAGACUUGACGAUAAACACCGUCGUGUCCGAGUGAGGGGGCAGGCCGGCCACUUCAAAGCGCCUGUCACUCCCCCCGGGCUCAGCUCAGCUGCCCUGUCCUUUAUCAUAAUUAAACUCUGCCGCGCGCUUGUUUGUGUAACGAAAGGCCAGUCUGACGAGCGGGGCGAUAAGAAGCUUGCCGGCGGCUUUAAAGGAUGGACCCCCAGACCCUACCAGCCCCAGAAAAGUGGGCAGCGUUCUAGCGACCUCGACUCGUUCGGCGCUGAUGAUGACAAUAAUGAUGAAGGUGUCCUGGGCGCUCCGAGUGCUGGUCGCCUGCGCAGUGGCGGACCUCGUGGCCCCCGAUGGCUGGUCCAUCUACAACUUGCACAGGAGGAGAGCGUCGGGCUGGGAGGAAGAGCGCAGAUCCUCAAAUGAAGCCGCAGACUUCGUGUCCUCGAGCAGUGACCGCUACGCCACCGAGCCGCCCGUUUACUUCGCUGAAGACGCGUCGGUGAACGAGACGGAAAACGCGGAGCAGCAGCAACAGCACGGGAGGACGCCUUACCGGCGAAUCCAGGUCUCUGCGGCACAACCGGGGGCUCCCGCGGGCGGCGCGGACUCCAUGAACUCGGCUGUCAUCGCCAGCCUCUUUGGGAUACAGAGCCCCACACCCGCGGCGCAGGCUAGGAGACCACACGGCCAGGCGCCGCACUUGAAAAACGCCAAGAGGUUCUGGAACCACUUCAUGUUCAGGAGAAGAUCCGACACGCAGGAGACCGUCCUGCCCAUCAAAACCAACGAGCUGCAGCAGGAGACGUGCAGAGCGCUGCCCUUCGCGCAGAGUAUCGUACAUGAGAACUGUGAGAAGGUGGUGCUGAAGAACAAGCUUUGUUUUGGAAGGUGCAGCUCGUUCCAUGUCCCCAGUAAUGAAGAUCGCCUGUACACCUUCUGUUCAUACUGCUUCCCGACCAAAUACACGAUGAAGAAUGUGGAGCUGAACUGCACGGGAUCGGAGAGCGUCUCCAAGCUUGUCAUGAUGGUCGAGGAGUGCCAGUGUGAAGCGCAGAAGGGCAGGCACCCUCAGUCUGGACCCUUCAUCCUGGACCCAAGCUCAGGGGUAUUCGGUGCCCGCACUUGAGUUUUGCAGUGGCGCCAUUCUAGAGGUUGCCAUAGCAAGCCCAGAUUUGAGCUCAUGACUGGAUUAAAUAAAAGUGGCACAGGGUGUCACACGUAUUUGUGUGUGUCCAGACAUGCAUGUGAGAAGUGGAACUUUUAAAGUUACAGCUGUUCAAAUGAGCCCAGCUCAAAAAUGGAAUGAGACUCGCCUUUCGCUCGCUAAUGGACUAAAGUACAGGGUGUAUGAUGGAGCCAUUUUGGUGUACAUAUGAACCUGAAAUAAAAUGUUUAUUAUGAAAGAAAGAUGCCAUUGUUAUCUGAAGCAUCAGUAACCCAUGUAGCCUCCAUAGUGUUAUGUUUAACACAGAAAACGAGCCAAAAAGGUUCAGGUCAGAUCAGGUUGGGGAGCAUUCACCGGUACUGCGCGUCGCCACACACUGAAACACCUCGGGAUCCUGAUUGGCAACCCCUCUGGCAAACACACGGUCCAAUCCGAGCCUCCGGAAAUGACCUUCAGUUUGCCGCAACCAGGUGUUAUGUGGGUGUCCCCUUAGCCUGGUCCAGCUGUCCAGGUCCUUAUAACAAUGAGGGUACUGCAAGCCAGAUCACCCUCGGGGAAUCGUGCCACAUGACCAUAGUGCCAUAACUGACCCUCCCUCACAGUGCACGUAAUGUGCCUCACUUUGGACUCCAUGAGCAACACAAAGUCAAACCAACAGUACCCAAGGAUACUCCGAAGAGACAAAUAACUGAAGGA